UCCAGCUCGCGUUUUGCUUUCUACUUGGAGGGGUAGGUCCAGCGAGAGCAUAGCCGAGCCUCCCUCCCAGAGGGUCUGGCCUGGGGAGAGGCUAGCCGUCCGCGGAGAGCCGCAUAGUUUACUCCCCAGUGCCACUGGGUAUCCAUCUUCCGCACGGGGCUUAUUUUGCUCUCCGAGCUGGCUGCUUGGAGGGACGCGCCGCACGAGCCAUGGAACUCCACUUGCUCCUCGCCAGCUGUGGCUCGCCCAGCCAUGCACGGAUCGCCCUUUCCUGUUAGUAUCCUACUGACAAUGCAACAGCCUUGAUUCAACUCUGUAUUAUGACAUAGAACAGCAAUAAGAGUAUGCAAUUUUCUACGGAAGUGAAAAAUUCCUUCAAGAGCCCAUGAUUUUUUCCACUACUCCUUUUACAUAUCAACUAUUUGAUAGACAUGGCUCACCACGCCAGACCUUCCAGAUUAGUCAAAAAGGAAGAGUUAGGCAAAAGGAAAACUAGUGAAGGCAAAAAGAAAUCCAGCCAAGUGAAAAAGAAAGCCAAGAAGAAUUCCAAAAAGGCUGUGAGUUCUGGAAAAUGCAAAAACUCAAUGCAAGAAAAAAAUGAUGUAAAGAAAAAGCAACAAGAAAAGAAACCACCUUUGAGCUCAUCAGUUAGAUUUCUCAGGAGUAGUGUAACUAGAGCUUUAUCUGGAACAUCUUGGGUAAAUAUGGAGAAAACAGAUAAUAUUCUCUUUCAUAACCAGGAUUCUUUAAACGUCAAUGGCUUUGCAAUGUCUCUUCGUAGCCGAUCAUUCUCCCACAGACUGUCCCAAACUGCAGUAAUUACAAAAACCAAGAAAGUUACAGCACAGAAAAGAUUAGAAAAAAGGGACAAGUAUGAACAAGAAACCCUUACUAUAUUGGAAGAAAAAAAAGUUGAAGCUGCUGAAAGGGUUUCGAAACAAGAUUCAGCACAAAAUGAAUUAACCCCUCUCAUUCUAUGUGAUACAGACAUUGAGCCCUCCAUUAAAUGUGAUAGUCAAGACAAAAAGAUAGGGAGACCUGAAUCAAGUGUCUCCACUUCAAAGAGUCUACCAAGCAUUUACAAUCCAGAAGUAUCAGAGGAGAAGUAUGAGUGUGAAGAGCCGCCCUGUGGGUGGACAUCAAGUAAGAUCAGUACAGGUAGCUCAGAUGAAAGUUUUGCUCAGAAUUCUGAGCUUGUUCCCGCACCUUUUCAUUCUGACUCUAUAAUCACCUCUGAAUUAAAUGCAAAAGACCAUUUAGAAGAUUCAGUCUCAUUUGCAGAAUCCCAUGUAAAGAUGAACUUAAAUUUGAAGCCUGCUAAUAAAGAACCCGAUUCAAAUUCUGACUCUUUAAUUACCACUGAAUCAAAUUCUAUCAUAUAUUUAGAAGAUUUGGGCUCGUUUGUUGGAUCCCAUAUAAAAACCAACUUGGAUUUGGUGCCUGUUAAUAAAGAACCUGACUCAAAUUCUGACUUGUGCUGUAAAAGAGAUGAUUCAGAAUCUGACACAAAAAAUGUGGUCACAGUUUGUGAACCAGUUCAUCUUGCAGUGCAGCAACCUGUUAAUUACAUUGGUAAAGAAACUUUAGUUCUGGACUCAGGUUAUGUCCCUAUUUCAUCAUCAAACAUAGAAAAAAGCAUAGUAGCCUUAGUCUCUACAACAACUGCAGUCUUCAAAGAAAAUACUGGACAUUCCUCUGAAGGCUCUGUUUCAGGGUUGUCCUCAAACACAGGAAGCUCCACUCUUACCUCUGACAGAGAGAUAAAUGUACAUUCACCAACUGAUUCAAAACUGCGGUAUAAGGAUUCUUCAUCACAAUCAGGAAGUGUUGGAAUAAACUUGAACUCUGUUCAGGACAGCAAGAGCAAUAGCAUCGGUUCCACUGAGGCUUUAGAACCAUCCCCCUUUACAAACCCAGUUUACAGUUACCCUCUCUCAUAUUCAUCUUUGCUCCCUAUGUUAGAAAAAAAGAAACGAAGACGGUGUGGGGUAUGUGAACCUUGUCUCCGGAAAACUAAUUGUGAGGAAUGCAGCUGUUGCAGGAAACGCAAAACUAGUCACCGGAUAUGUAAAAAGCGAAAAUGUGAAGAACUGAAAAAGCCGCCACCGCCAAUAAUGCUACCUUUUGAGGUGCUAACUGAAAACAAAAGGCCUCAGAGGAGAAAGCAAAGAGUUUUAAAGGCAGAUUUAGAAAACAAACCAGUAAAUGGCCUCAGACCAGAACUCAUGGAAUGCAGUAUAUGCGGUCAUGGUGAAAAAUACAGGGUGAAAACAAAUCAAACAGUAUCCUUUGAAAAUGUACAGUCUAAUGAAAAAGAAAGCAUGACAGGCUUAGAAGCAGAGAAGUGGACAGAUAAUGAAAAACCAUCAUUUAGCAUCUGUGUCAAUGGAGAUAUCCACGGAACUGUGACAGAUAAUGAACACCUGAAAAAUUCUGAAGAAGAAAGAGCAGUCUCUCCCAGUGAGUUAGUUGAGCCAAAAAAGUUGUUUGUACAAACCAGUAGAAAUGGCAUUAAAAAUAUACAUUAUCCACCAUCAGAAUCAGAUGUAUCACAGACAAAAGUAAUUGUAGAAGAAAGGGCAGAUUUGACAAACAACUGCAGAGAAAACAACUCCCCUUCACAUCAAACAAAUACUGCUAAUCUGAAUAAUGUUGUAAGCACUUUGACAACUGGUGUUUGCUGUGCUCAUCCAGAAAAACAAGGAAAUGUUUUCCUGAGGCAGAAGUCAAACUGUACCUGCAAGACCUUUCAAGGAUCUGACAAUUUAGUUUUGCAAACUAAUUCUAUUGUGAAUACACAGGAAAGAUCAUGUUAUACACCUGUGCCUGAAAAGGAAGUCCAUGUUGAAAAAGAUGCUGUUAAAAUAACAAACAAAGAGACACAACUUGAAAACUCCUCACUUCAGCCAACUUUUUUGUCCCUGAUUAAAAACAGAAAUUUAACUGUAGAACAGGUUGUAGCUAUUGAAGCAUUAACAAAAUUAUCAGAAGCCCCAUUAGAAGCAUCUGCACCAGAUAAAACAAAAACUAUUGAACAUGCAGAACAAACAACGUCCCAUUUACUCCAUAAUUACAAAAGGGACAUUUCCUGCUCUUUGACUUCUUCUACAUUAAAAGAAAUCAAAGAGACUUACUUACAGAAUGAACAACAUCUCUUGAGUCGCUAUGCUCGUUCACAGAAGCAGCUCCUUAAUAAGGCAGUGUUGUACAAUGGUCAAAGUACUGUUUCUGAACCCCAUGAUAAAUCUGUUAAUACUACCGGUGGAUCAUAUAGAUCACAUGUAUCCCCAAGAGAUACCAAAUCUUUAUCUGUUUCAAUACCUAAUGCAAAGUCAUGUUCAGGUCAUACUACCAAGAAAAACUGUCUGUAUGAUAAAGUUACCAUUGCUACAUGUUUCAACAAUUCAUGUAAUGUCCAUCAAACAAGUAGCAAAUUGAGCCAGUUUGAGAAAAACAAAGCUUAUAAUGAUCUGAACUUGAAAAGUAAUUUUGCAAUGAAGGAAGGAGGAAUUCACAGCCAGGAUGAAGAAGAUGUAGCUACACAGUUAACUCAACUUGCAGCAAUAAUUGAAUCAAAUCAUACAAGUCCAGAGCAGAAGAAUGAUGUAAAGACAUCACUUCUCAGUCUAAUAUCACAUGAGAUUCAGCCAAAACAUAACCAGGACCAGUGCCUACUGAAGAAAAAACAAUCUGUGUUUAUAAGGCACAAUUAUAGCUCAUUGUUAGUAAAGCAAAAACAGCCAACACAUAAAAAAGGAAAAACUGUACCAUGGAAACAAAGACACAAAAAGAAGCCUCAAGUACCGGACUAUCAAGAAAAUAAUCAAAAACAGCAAGAGCAGUUGGCAUACCAGCAUAAUGAAUUGCAGGACAUUUGGAUAUCAUCAAAACCACUUGAUCGUACCAUGCCACGGGAUUUGAAAAUAGCUGCAUCAAAAAAAAAAUCUCCCAGAACCAAAGUACAGAAGGAACUGAAUCAAAGUAAUUUAUCAUCACAACAAAAAACUAGAUUAUUUCUUCCACAAACUCAGAUAAAAAUCCAUAGACAUCUACCUGAGGUACCAUGGGAGAAAACAAAAGACAGGCUGUUUGGCUGUGAAGUAGUAACUGAGCACAUUAAAACUGUAGGGUCCAGUGACACACUAGGUAUUGAUCCACUGAAAAGUGACAUUGUUGUUACCUCUUCACAAUACAAUGGCCUGCUCUCCAGUAAUCCUAUGGUUGCUUCACAACUUAAAACAGAAUCGUGUUCAAACAGACCAAGUGAAAAUGUACAGAUGUUUACAGAAAAAUAUAAUAAUUCUCAGGUACAGCAAACAAUGAAUGUCAUUCAGACAUAUCCCUUGCCUCAAACACUUAAUCAGUCUAACCAGAGAGCUCAUGAGAUAUCUGAUGAAGAUCAAGCAAAUUUUCAGCAGAAUGCUGCAGAGCAACAAUUGGAUCAGAAGUUGCAAACACUCCCAGUUACCUGUUGUGAGACCCAUUUACCACACACAAUAGAAACUCUCAGGAAUAUAGAUUGUGCAGGUGAAAUUACAGUUCUGACAUCAACAAGCUUGGGUACUGAAAACCCCCAGAGUAUAGGUGACUUGGGAUGUUCUCCGGCAAAGAAUACACUCAGCAGUUUUCUUGAAUCUCCUAUGAAGUUCCUAGACACUCCUACAAAAAAUCUGAUCGAUACACCUACCAAAAAAGGACAGUCUGAAAUUCCAAUCUGUGACUGUGUUGAGCAAAUUAUAGAGAAAGAUGAAGGCCCAUAUUAUACACACCUUGGGACAGGACCAAGUGUUGCUGCUGUCCGGGAAAUAAUGGAAAACAGGUAUGGAGCAAAAGGAAGUGCUGUAAGAAUAGAGGUAGUGGUUUAUACAGGCAAGGAAGGAAAAAGCUCUCAGGGGUGUCCGAUUGCCAAAUGGGUGAUACGAAGAAGUAGUGAUGAGGAAAAGUUGCUGUGCUUGGUACGUCAGCGUGCAGGACAUCACUGCCAAACUGCCGUCAUAGUGAUUCUGAUUUUGGCCUGGGAAGGGAUUCCUCAUCUUCUGGCUGAUACAUUAUAUAAAGAACUGACACAGAGUCUCAGAAAAUAUGGCUGUCCCACAAGCCGUAGAUGUGCAUUAAAUGAAGACCGCACUUGUGCAUGUCAAGGACUUGAUCCUGAAACUUGUGGAGCCUCAUUCUCAUUUGGCUGUUCAUGGAGUAUGUAUUUCAAUGGCUGUAAAUUUGCCAGAAGCAAAAACCCCAGGAAAUUUAGACUUCUCACAGAUGACCCUAAACAAGAAGAACAUCUUGAAAAUAAUUUGCAAACUUUAGCUACUGAUGUGGCUCCACUUUAUAAGAAACUUGCUCCUGAUGCUUUUCAGAAUCAGGUGGAAAAUGAGCACAUGGGCCCAGACUGUCGGCUUGGAUCCAAGGAUGGUAGGCCUUUCUCUGGUGUUACAGCUUGUAUAGAUUUCUGUGCCCACGCCCAUAAGGACACACACAACAUGCACAAUGGAAGCACUGUGGUCUGCACAUUAACAAAAGAAGAUAACCGUUCAGUGGGGGUGAUACCGAAUGAUGAACAGCUACAUGUGUUGCCUCUUUACAAAAUUUCACAGACAGAUGAAUUUGGCACCGAAGAGGGACUGGAAGCUAAGAUAAAAGCAGGAGCAAUACAGGUGCUUACUGCUUUUCCCAGAGAAGUACGGAUGUUAGCUGAGCCACUUAGAGCUACAAAGAAAAAGAAGCCAGAUACAAAGAAAACUCAAGUUGAAAAGCAGACAUUAGCAGAUAAGAAAUAUUCAACACCAGCAAAGCAGAAAAAUGGAGCUCCUGAAAAUCUUGGUAAAACUUCACAGUAUUUAGGGAACAAAACAGAUGCUUUGCAACCUGGAAUAAAAAUGGAGACUUCAGAUCAUCUUUAUGCCCUGAAACAUACUUCAAAUGCUACUAAAAGUUGCUCUGUAUUAAAACAAUAUACUGCUUCCUCCCCUUUUAAGGUGGAUAGUUUACAUCCUUAUUCGUCAUUAACACAUAAGCCUAGCAUAACAGCAGUGACUGAUAUUCAACAAGAUUUUUCAGUUCCCUACGGGUAUUUUGAAUGCAGUAGUAAGCAACCUCAUGUCACACCUUAUAUUAAAUGUAAGAAUUUUGAUGUGUCAGUUAAAGAUUAUACUGGAAUUUUGCUGAAUGAAAAGAGGAAUGGUGUGCCACCAAUUCUUCCAGAUAUUAGUGUUUCAGACCACCCAACCCUUAAAGACCCCCUGCACAGUAUACUUGAACACCAACCAGACAACAAGCAAAAUUGUCAACUUCAAUUAGAAAAUGCUCCUUCGCAGUCGAUCAACCCUUGUGAUAUGUCAGUACCAUUAAACUCUCCGGCAAAGGAUGUAACCAGAAAUGAAGCUAACACAUCUCAUAAAUGUCUAGUCGAAAAAGGUGGCUCCCAUCAAGAACAGAUUUGUGAUUCCAAAGCUAGUGAUGAAAAGCAAAAAAAUGUGCUGGCAGAAGCAAUGGAUUCUGAAGAAAAAGCUGAGGAAAUGUGGUCAGACAGUGAGCACAAUUUUUUGGACAAUGAUAUUGGUGGUGUUGCUGUGGCACCUUCUCACGGUUCUAUCUUAAUUGAAUGUGCAAGACGUGAACUCCAUGCCACAACACCCAUUAAGAAACCAAACCGCAGUCAUCCCACACGAAUCUCUUUAGUCUUCUACCAACACAAAAAUUUAAAUGAGCCAAAACAUGGAUUAGCAAUGUGGGAAGCAAAGAUGGCUGAGAGAGCAAAAGAGAAGGAAAAAGAAGCAGAAAGAUUAGGGACUGAAAAUAGUGAACUAAAAUCUAGCAGCAGGAAAACCAAGCAGAGCAGUGAAACCAGAGAGAUUUUCUAUGAAGAAAAUGAGUUCAACCAAAUUCCAUCACGCAGAGCAUUAACAGUAACUCAAGAUAAUGUAAUAACAGUGUCUUCUUAUGCCCUCACUCGAGUUGCAGGGCCCUAUAACCAUUGGGCAUAGGUUUUAGUAGCUGAUGCCUUGCCUUGGUGCAGUGUUAUACAGUAUUUCUUUAAGGUGCUGUUAAAGAACAGAGUCAUGUGUAGUUUACUAUUUGUUCAUCUCAACCAUUUUAAGGCUGAGGUAAAAAUGGGGAUUUAUCUUAAACUGUGACUUUAUAUUUUAACAUUUGGUGGUGCUUGAGCACAUUUUAAGCAAAAAAAAUUGUAUAGUUUUAAUAUGUUAUAAAAGAAGAUUUUGGUUAGGUUAUUAACCUUGAUUGAAUCAUUCAGUUUAUUACCUUUAGGAAAUUAUAUUUUGGUGCUUUAAAUCAAAUCUGUUUACUACAGAACAAGUCAUUUAUAGGGAUUUUAACAGAUUCACAUUUUAUGAUGUAAAAUCAAGUUAUACAGUGAUUGCUCUACACAGCUCUUGGUGCUUAACCACAUCAAACAGUAAAAAUAAGCUGAAUUAUUACUUCAUGGUGCCAUUGCUCCAACAACUUCCAAUCAUUGCUAAAAAGUCCAAAUUACAGAUAAACCUUUUAAGAGAACCAAUGAAAUUUUCUCUCUCUAGAGUUUUCAUAAUGUAUAAAAUGAAGUUAUCACUAGUGAUGGCUGGAAGUUGUUUGUAAGCUGUAAAUAUAUAUUUUAAAAGCACUUUCUAUUUUUAAAAUUAACUUGAACUAGUAUAGUAUAAGGAUCAUAUUGUCUAAGGUUUGUGCAUACUCUACAGAAGAAAUCAUUUUGAUCUUGCUGUGUAGAUUUCCAUACUGUUACAAUUGCAAUAUGUAUGCUAAUAACAUAUUUGAUUGUUUUUAGACUUUCCCUUUUUCCGUUGAAGAUUUUUAUGUUACAUAUAAACAGAAGAGUAAUAAAAUGCAGAAACUUUUAAUUAUUUACAAAUAUGGAAUGAAGAAACAUCUUGUCAAUGUGUGUUGCUAUUGGGAAUUAAAUAAUUAAUUUUUUAAGACAGAAAUUAUUAUGAUUUAUUUGAGCAAUAAGCACAUUAGUCUCACUCAUCUAAAGCAUUGCAAGUUAUGUGACACAACCAAAUGUUCCUAAUGCCUCAGGAGUAGGAUCGUUUUGGGAUUUUAAAAAAAACAGUACCCCCUAGAGUUGCCUUACUCUGUUCAGAAAAAAAGUUAUAAAAAUGACAAAUUAAUUGUUAAAAAAGUAAGAAAUUUUCAAAUAUCUAAUGUUUAACAGCAAUUUUUAGUUGAUAAU